ACCAACUCCUUGGUGACAUUUCCAUUCCCAUCCAACUUUCACUCCUGAUCCAUUCCACAAUCCACAGCAGCAGAAUGAGGGAGUGACCUCAUUCUUCUCUGUCCAUUGUGUUUCUACUUUCCUCAUGACCAUUUCCAUGGUUUAAUAUUCCCCCUCACGUCCAUAUCUGAUCAAAAUCAAAACAGCAGUCAUGGAUGAAGCAAGUAAAUCAUCAGAUAUCAUGGAUCAUUCCCUUGCCAAUGCCACUAGACAGUUUUUCUUAACAAAACCCUAAUUCAAACAUCCCUUCAAGCCACAGUCCCCUCCUAAAAAAAUUUUUAGUUUUAUUUUUUUCAAAAAGAGAGAAAGCUCAUCUCCCUCUUUUUUCUUGUUCAGCUCAGGUUUAUGAAAAAUAGGGUUUUUUUUCUCCGUCACCAAACCCCAAAAUUUCUCUCUCUCACACUGGACUUCAUUUUCAGUUCAUCUCUCCAUGUCCUCUGAAACAGACAAUUGUGUUUGAUCGUCUCAACUGCUUUUAGCUCUCUCGUUUUCAGCUCACCCUCUCUCUCUGCUUUUGAUUUUGGUGUGGAGACUAGAACUUCUUUCUUUCGUGUUCUGCUGAUGGUUUUGGCGCUUUUGGCCAAAAGGGUGUUCCAGGACUUGCUUCAUCCACUCCAGUAUAUGGCCGUCUAGGGUUUACUUCGAGUAUAGAUAUAGUUUUUCUGCUGUUUUGGUGGGCGAUUCGCUUUGCUUCUGCAUUUGCGCUGCAAUGUCGGACGAUUUGAUAAUGCAUUUCUCGUCCAAUUCUUCAAACCAGUCUGAUCAGUCGCUGCCCACAAAGAUUGCCAAGCUCGAAGCCCGAAUGGUUGGCAAAGCUUCCUCUGCCAGUGCCUCGGCGCCGCCAACGCGACCUUCUGUUUCUUCUGUAAAAUUUGGGCCUGUCGAGGAUUUGGCCACCCCUUCAACUUCUAGCGAUUCAGAUGAUGAUAAUGGAGAGGAGUUUCUUAUACAAGCCAACACUCAAAAGCGACAAAAAGUUCAAGAAGAUGACCGUUCAGCAGUUUUUGAACAUGUUGAGGUUGUUUCCGACGGAAGGCAAAAAAUAAUGGAAACCGUAGAAAUCAAGGCUGGUUUUGAUGGAAACAGGAAAAAACAAGGCCGUGGUAGGGGGAAUUCUGUUUCAGGCAGAGGGCGUGGCAGCAGAAUUAAUGAUCACAUGAGAACGCAAACAUCUCCUUCAACUGUUUCACAUUCAAAUGGUCAGCUUGAGAACUCUUAUCAUAAGGAUAGUAGGCCCAAAGAACUGUUUGGGAAUGAUGAUCAUUCUUCAUUAGAGGCAGAGGUGGCAUCUUUGCGUGCCAAAGUUGUGGAGUUGGAGGAGGACCUCCGUAAAUCUCGCCAAGAGGCCUCUGAUUAUCAGAACCUUUAUCGCCAGUUAGAGAAGGAAUUGAAGGAACUUAAAGAUUGCGAACUGCAAAUGAAGCCAAAGAGAAUGAAGAUAACCUCUGAUUUACUUAUAUCUGUUUCCAAAGCUGAGAGACUAGAAGCAAGGAUGAAAGUGCGCCAAGAUUCUUUGAGGCUUGGCAAUGUUGGUGUAAUCAGGGCUGGAACUGUCAUAUCUGAGACAUGGGAGGAUGGGCAAGCAUUUAAAGAUCUCAAUGCUCAUCUGAGGCAUUUAUUAGAAACAAAGGAGGCUGUUGAGCGGCAGCGGAAAUCAUUGAAGAAACGACAGUCUGAUAAGGGCGACACAGUUGAUGUGGAGACAGGAUUACAAGAAGAAGAUAUUCUCAUCCAGGAUGAGAUUUAUAAAUCCCGUCUGGCCAGCAUCAAACGUGAGGAAGAAAUGUUUAUGCGUGAGAGAGAUCGUUAUGAACUGGAAAAAGGAAGGCUCAUACGUGAAAUGAAACGUAUAAGAGAUGAGGAUGGUUCACGCUUUAACAAUUUUCAGAUUCUGAAUCAUCGUUAUGCCCUUCUGAACCUUCUUGGCAAAGGAGGUUUUAGUGAGGUCUACAAGGCAUUUGACAUGGUAGAGAAUAGAUACAUUGCAUGUAAGCUUCAUGGUUUGAAUGCUCAGUGGAGUGAGGAGAAGAAGCAAAGUUACAUACGACAUGCAAUACGGGAGUACAACAUUCACAAAUCCUUAGUGCACCAUCAUAUUGUGCGGCUAUGGGAUAUUUUUGAGAUUGACCAGAAUACAUUCUGCACGAUUUUAGAAUACUGUAGUGGUAAAGAUCUUGAUGCAGUUCUUAAAACAACUCCUGUAUUACCUGAGAAGGAAGCUAGGAUCAUUAUUGUACAGAUAUUUCAAGGCCUUGUAUACUUGAAUAAAAGAACCCAGAAGAUUAUCCAUUAUGAUUUGAAGCCUGGGAAUGUUCUAUUUGAUGAGCUUGGUGUUGCAAAAGUGACUGAUUUUGGUCUUAGCAAGAUAGUGGAAGAUGAUGUUGGAUCCCAGGGUAUGGAACUCACCUCUCAAGGAGCUGGAACAUACUGGUAUUUGCCUCCAGAAUGCUUUGAGCUUAGCAAGACACCCCUCAUAUCAUCAAGGGUUGAUGUUUGGUCAGCUGGUAUUCUGUUUUACCAAAUGCUUUUUGGAAGACGUCCUUUUGGGCAUGAUCAAACACAAGAGCGAAUACUACGUGAAGACACCAUUAUCAAAGCACGCAAGGUGGAGUUCCCUUCGAGACCUACUGUCUCAAAUGAGGCAAAGGAUUUUAUUCGUCGAUGUCUGACAUAUAAUCAAGCAGAGAGGCCAGAUGUUUUGACUAUUGCUCAGGAUCCUUAUCUCUCAUACUUAAAGAAAUGAUAAUGCAUAUGAGAAACUUGUGAAGGUUCCUUGGGAGCAGGAUGGUGAAGAAUACAGUAGCCAGUCUGGGUCAUUCAAAUGAGAUACAGUGCAUGUGCAUUACCCACAAGGAAUUUUGUAUAGGCUGUAAAUCUUUUUGUUGUUUUUCCCUACCCACCCCUGCUCCUGUUAAGCCCCAAAAUCUGGCUGCCUCUUUUCCUUUUUUUUUUUUCCUUUUUUAUUGUCAUUUCCUUUUUUCAGGCCUUGUUUAUUAUGUUUUGCUUGUAACUUGCCUGUGUAUCCUGCAUACACUAUUUCCUCUAUAAAUGAAAAUGAUAAAUUUAAUAUUACUUGAUUUAAGAAAAG